AGGAUGGGCGCAUUUUAUCGUGUACGCGUGAAGGGCCUCUUUUUUUUGUGAUCUCUAUUCAUUUUUUAUGAACAACGGAGCGCUUUGAUUGAUUGGUUUUCUUUCUUAGAACUAUUCAUUACUUCUUUUGGAAGAAUUCUUUUGGAUAACCAAGCGCGUUUGUUACUCGAAAACGGUCCUGCUCUCUUGUUUUGGUGCUGGACCCGCUGUUGUUUUUGCGGUGACGAGACUCAUUGUUUGUCUACCAACGCAUUCUGCCUAUUCACUCUUGCGGUGCCUUCUUCCGUGAAGCGAUAAACAAACACGACAACAAAGCGCCUCAGCUACACCGCCCACGCCUCAACACAACCAAAAAUAAACAAACCUCCAAAAGCACAGAUAAAAACACUUUUCGAUCCCCAAGCCGGGGAUCUCUCACAUCCGUCGCCAUGACGCAACGCAACUACGUCAUCGCCAUCAUCAUCAUCGUCCUCUUCAUCGUGCUGGCGGCCAUUUCCUUUGGCAUCUACAAGCUGGUGCAUGGAGCGCGACGAGAGCUCAGCGUGACGUCUGUGUCGAGUAGCAGCCACAGCCAGAGCUUGGCGGACUAACACUGACUGAGCAAGAAUUUCUCUCUUUUUGCGAGACUUUUUAUUUUAAAUGCCAUGUUCUUUUUGCGUGGUGUUUGAAAUAAUGAGUCUGGGAGGAGAGGGUUCUUGUGCUGAGAUUUGUUUGAUGCUGUUUUUUUUUACAAAAGGGCUGUCAGGGAUGGUGGCUUAUAUAUAUAUAUACUAUAUAUCUCUUGCUUGGAUAUGAGGCGCUGGAAUGUUUCUUUGGUUUUCCAGUCUUGGAUUACAUGAGCUGUUGUUUACGUGUUUUGGAUUUGAACUGGCUACAUGAGUUUCUCUAUGCUUUUUUUUGCAGCGCGAGCGCAGUCGGGGUUUCACUUUGCUGUGUAACCCUAGGUUUUGGAUAUACUGCUUAUAUGAGACCUGAUGGAUAUUGGUAUGACUAUAAUGAGAGAGAUGAAUACAUGUGUAUAUCGCAGCGCGGAUGAGUGCAAAGGAUUGUAUUUG